UGACCAAGCAUUUACAAGUUUACAACCGUGUCUCGUACAGCAACUCUAUCCACUUUUAUCAGUUCACCAAAAUUUGUUUAUGAUGCGUAAUCUUCUUCAACCAACUACCUCUGAUCAUCCGCUGUUACAUCAUCACCGUUUUUGGGUAUCCGGGUUCGGAUUCGAGUUAAAGAAACGGAGCAGUCGUACCAACAACAAUUUCUUUCAGAAUCAAGCCACCGCUGCUGGAGAUUCAGAGUUUGAAAUCGACCCGGAUAAGGCCCGAGACGCCCUCCGCCAGCUUGACCAACAACUGGACCUUAUCUCGCAGAAACAAGCCAACCCUGUUCCUAAAAUCAAAGCUUCCAGCCCAUAUAACGCAAGAGAGGAAGUGACGAAAGAUGUUCAAGAUCCAGGAGCAUUUCUACCAUAUGCAUUUUUUGGACUCUUGGUGUUCACCAUUGUCUAUAACGUUUUGUUCAUAAAAGUAAUAAAACCAUCUAUAGAUGGACCGCAAGUGGAGUUAGCUCCGGUUCGAUCAUCCAUUAUGAGCCAAAUUUUGAAAGACGAGUGAUGUGUAUGGAAAUGUAUCAAACUUGACACGUAAAUCGUCACAUCAUCAAAUAUUACCAUAACAUUAUAUUUAAUUACAUCAUUUCUUAUGUAACGC